ACAACCCAACUGUUCCCAUAACAACAACGCUUUUCAAUAUGGCGGUUUAUUGAAACAUUUUACAGUGCAACGACAACGACAGUCGACAAAGUGCUGAAAUGUCAACGGAAAACGUGGCUGAAGUUGGUGAAAAAGAAGAUUUGGAAUCGAUAAAUCCAUUCUCCAUUACAAGCAAAAGUUUUGACCGUGACGUAUCCAACGAUGAACCUGAAAACACUGAGGAUUUUUACGAUUCCGAAUCAUACAAAGGAAACACUGCUCUUAAUCUUGUCUGGUCAUUUGGUAUCAACAGGAACAUGCCUGUUCACAAUAUUUCAGAUGUAACAAGACAAGCGAUUUUCUACGUGACCGCUCACACCGGUGUGUUGUAUGACUGCGUCACAAAUAGACAGAAAUUACUUCAAGGACAUUGUAAUGAUAUAUCCUGUACUUGCAUCAGUAUGAACAAGAGAUGGUUGACGACGGCCGAUAUGGGAGAUAAUUCAAUGAUUAUCGUUUGGGACUCUUAUUCAAGCAUUCCCGUACAAACCAUAUUUGAUCCUCAUCCUCAUGGCUGUGUAGCUAUAUGCAUGACCCCUGACGCAAAGUAUCUAGCUUCGUUGAGCAACUCAGUUCCACAGGUUAUUUCAAUUUGGGAUUGGACUAAUGAAUGUCAAACUCCAGUUUGUUCUUUGACACUCAGCGAGGAAUAUGAAAUGCAGAAUUAUUUGGAUUUCAGUUCCGAGGACAAUCACCAACUUGUGAGCAACAACCAAGAAAGAACUAUUUUUUAUUUCUGGGAUGAAAAGGGUAUUCAUCAUAGCGCUCCAUAUUUGACAGAUGAUGAUUUCAACAAAGUCGUUGGCAUGUUUAGUCAGUCCGUAUUUCAAACGAAAUCCACGAUUGUUCUCACUGCGACGACUGUGGGUAACAUCGUAGUUUGGGAUGUAGUGCCCGGAACAGAUUUCCCUUGUGACAAGAAGGCAUUAAAAAUAGUCCGCCUUCAGGAAAAAGGAAUCAGCGUUCUGAAUACGGUAGACAGUUUCAUUGUAACCGGGGAUGUUGUUGGCCAUGUAAAAUUCUUGGAUUCUAAGCUUCGUUUAGUGCACUGGUGCAACAAACUUGGUGGAGGUCCCAUUGCAUCUCUUUCCUUCUCUUAUCAACCGAUGGAAAAAGAUCUAUCGAUCAUUCCAAAGCAUCCACGUUCAGCGACACUCGAUGGCAGCCCAUUUGUCGUCAACGAUUUUGUUUUCUCUACCGAGACUGCAAACGUCGGGUUUUACGAUACACGGAAAAACACAAACACGUUUAUAUUGAAUGAACACGAUGCACCAAUCCAUGCUGUUGCAACACAUCCAAAAGAAUCAAAGAUUUCCAUUGGAGGCUAUUCUGGACUACUUCAAGUUUGGGAUUAUAGUAAAAAAGAACUUGUUGCUUCUCGAUCGUUUGAAUCAAAAGUUGUUAUCCAAUGUCUUAAAUUCAAUCCUCAAGGAAAUCUACUCGCUUUGGGAUGCCAAGAUGGUAGUUUACUUAUUCUCGAUUCUUCCACGUUGCUUGAAGAGGGAGAAGAAGAUGGUGUUGCCUUUUUUGAACAUUGCCAUGAUUCCAUCACUCAUUUAGAGUUCUCACACGACUCCAAGUACCUCGCUUCAGCGGAUCUCGAUAAAUGCGUUACUCUAUUCAAAGCCACGACUGGAAACUUCAAAGAACCGUGGUUGUAUCUCGGAAAACAGCGCGCUCACUAUAAGCGAAUCACCGAUAUAGUAUUUGGUGUUGCACUUGAUUCCGAUGUUCCACGACUUUUGUCACUCGGAGAGGAUCGUUUGAUGGUUGAAUAUGAUGUCAUCGACAGUGCCAUCGAUGACGUCAGAUUAAUCAGUUCAGAUCGAAUUGAACAAAGUGCUGUCCCGACUUGCCUUGCGUGGUAUCCGCCCGUUGUGAAAGAGUCAUUCUUACUUGUUGGAAAUGAUCAGUUCAAGUUAAAACUCUACAACUCCACGACAAAGAUGUGUCGAAAAACAUUACUGGGUCCAACAUAUGGCUCGCCUAUAAGAAAAGUGGUGAUGCUACCAAAUAGUGGAAUAAAUGAUCGACAUUACAUGGGAUAUAUUACCGAAAACAAGGUUGGUUUGCAAAUUCUUCCUCUGGAUGGUAAUCCACACAGGGCAAUGGCUCUGAUAGCCCAUCCAAGUCAGGUUUCCAACGUGGUUUCGUCAUUUGACGGUCAAUACCUUUUCACUGCUGGUGGAACUGAUGCGUCAGUCAACAUGUGGAAAGUGAAUGCCGACGGUCUAGAGGCUUCCUCACAACUUGGGGGCACGGAUCUUGAACCUUUCUACGAAUUAUUGGAUGGUGGUCAUGACGGUCUGUUGUUCUCAGAACUCGAGGACUUCUUCUAUUUUGCACUGCUGCGAAGUCAGGACGUGGACACGAUGGACACACGCAAAACGUCCACGCGCGUACCUUUGUCCCAGGUUCCUUUCCUGAUGCGCGCACUUGGAUACUAUCCAACCGAACAGGAAAUCGAGGACAUCAUAAACGAAGUAAAAUUUAGUGAAUACGUUGACACUGGAAAGUAUGUUGAAGACAUCGACCUUGGCGGUUUUAUCAAACUGUACGUGAAUCAUCGUCCCGUGUUUGGAUUAUCAUCGCUAGAACUAAAAGAUGCUUUGCAAACACUGGGACAGAAAACUAAAGACGGAAGCGUUGUGAUGAAUAGAGACAGGCUUCUGUCCAUUUUGCAAAAUAAAGGAGAACAUUUGACCGAAGGUGAACUGUCGCAAUUAAUGACCACGCUCGUAGAAAUGCAUGACAUGGAUGACAGCUCCGAGCUAAGUGAAUCUUGCAAGGAAAUGUCACUCGUUUCAAUGAAAACUUACUUACCGGAGCAAAUCUCUUCCGAUGUGUUUGUGGAGAAAAUUUUGGGUUUCGGCGCCCUGGAAAGCAAAGAAGAUCGGUAGCUUUCGCACAAUAUCUUUUGCACUGUCGAAUGCAUUUUAAAUGGGAAGUGUUUGUUUCCAUUACAAGCUGUUUGGUUUAUAAACAAAUUUUAGAUAAUACGUUUUUCAUUAUCUUUGUUUGAUGGAAAACGUUUUUUUUAUAGUUGUAAGUUAUAAAUUAUUUAUACUCCAAAUAUGGUUGCUGCAAUUUCACACAUGAAUUACUAACAUAUCGAUCAACAUAAUCAUUGAACUUCUAUUCCAAUUGAA